AUGGACGCGCCCGUGCGUCGCCCGGUGGGGGGGCUCCACCAGGCCCAGGACCCGCUCAUCAUCACCACCACCACCACCACCAACCCCCCCGGAACCAGAACCGGAACCGGAACAGGAACCGGAGGAAAAAAGCCCCUCGCUUUCUCCAUCGACCGCAUCAUGGCGCGCACCCCGGAGCCCUGCAGGUCGAUCCCGAUCCCGGCCUGGCUCCAGCAGCCCGUGGGGGGGGGUGGGGGGGGUAGUGGAGGGGGGGGCAGGCCGCAGCUCCACUGCAUGAUCCCGCUUCUGCCCCUGGGCUACGAACCGGGGGCCCCGGGCCGGUUGAGUUUGGUACCCGGGAAUGGGCCCUUGGAUCCCGGGUUGGAUUUGGAACCGGGCCCGGGGGGUCUACAUCCGGACUCGGUUGCCCCGGUUCAGGGCGACUUUUUCGGCCUGGGUCUGAGCUACUACCCGCCCCCCGCCGCGGAGGACCCGGGGGGCCCGGGGCCCUACAGGCUGUUCCGGCCCCGCGUGCUCACCCAGAGCUACCUGGGCACCCCCAACCUCAACCUGCACCCCAUGGCCUCCUACCUGCUGAGCGCGCGCCACAGGGCGCUGUCGUCGCACGCGCACGCGCACGCGCAGACGCACGCGCAAACGAUGCAAGCACCGCACGCGCAGGUGGCCCCGCACGCGCAGACGCAGGCCUUCAAGAGCUACGUGAAGGAGCGCGAGCACCUGCUCACGGACAAAAUGCUCAAGGGCUCCGCGGCAGCGGCUGCGGCGGCUGCGGCCGCGCACGCGCACGCGCGCAUCAGCGGCGCGUGCGCGAGCAGCAAGCCCAAAGUUUUCACCUGCGAGGUCUGCGGAAAGGUAUUUAACGCGCACUACAACCUCACGCGCCACAUGCCCGUGCACACGGGCGCGCGCCCGUUCGUGUGUAAAGUUUGCGGGAAGGGCUUCCGGCAGGCGAGCACGCUGUGCAGGCACAAGAUCAUCCACACUCAGGAAAAACCUCACAAGUGUAACCAGUGUGGGAAAGCCUUCAACCGCAGCUCCACGCUCAACACACACACACGCAUCCACGCCGGGUACAAGCCCUUCGUGUGUGAGUUCUGUGGGAAGGGAUUCCACCAGAAAGGGAACUACAAGAACCACAAGCUGACGCACAGCGGGGAGAAGCAGUUCAAGUGUUCAGUGUGCAGCAAGGCCUUCCACCAGGUCUACAACCUCACCUUCCACAUGCACACGCACACCGACCAGAAGCCCUUCACCUGCCCCACCUGCGGCAAGGGCUUCUGCCGCAACUUCGACCUCAAGAAGCACGUGCGCAAGCUGCACGAGCCCACCGGGGCCUAG